GAUCAAAGGAUGUCCCGCCCCUGCUCCCCUCCUAUUGGUUCUUCACGCUAAUGUCCUGCUGUGAUUGGUCGAAAGUGCCGUUAAUCAUGGAAGUUGAGUGUGGCUUUCCUGGUUGACAGCUGUCUCAGUACUGUGAGGUCAAGGGGAGAGAAGCAUGGCCGCGUUGUUUAGAGGGUCUCGAAAUAUAUGGCUAAGGUGGAAUAAGCAUGCCGACUUUGCCUUUGUGUCACUGCGAUCAAUGGCCUCAAAGACACCAGUGGGGUUUAUAGGCUUGGGAAACAUGGGCAGCCCCAUGGCCACAAACCUGCUAAAGAACGGUUAUCCUGUUAUUGCCACUGAUGUCUUCCCGGAAUCUUGUAAAGAGCUGCAGGACAUUGGUGCACAGGUUGUGGACUCACCUGCAGAUGUGGCAGACAGAGCAGAUCGCAUCAUCACAAUGCUGCCAUCUAGUCCUAAUGUCAUAGAAGUCUACACAGGCCCAAAUGGCAUUCUAAAGAAAGUAAAGAAGGGGACGCUGUUGAUCGACUCCUCCACUAUCGAUCCUGCUGUAUCCAAAGAAAUGGCCAAAGCUGCAGAGAAGAUGGGGGCUGUUUUUAUGGAUGCUCCGGUCUCGGGAGGUGUUGGGGCUGCGAGUUUGGCUAAACUAACCUUCAUGGUCGGAGGAUUGGAGGAAGAAUACGAGGCAGCACAGGAGCUGCUCACCUGCAUGGGAGCCAAUGUCGUCUACUGUGGACAGGUUGGCACUGGACAGGCAGCUAAGAUCUGCAACAACAUGCUGCUUGCGAUCGGGAUGAUUGGGACUGCAGAAACGAUGAACCUCGGUAUCAGACUUGGUCUCGACCCCAAGCUGCUGACAAAGAUCCUCAACAUGUCGUCGGGUCGAUGCUGGUCCAGCGACAAAUACAAUCCGGUUCCUGGUGUGAUGGAGGGAGUCCCCUCCUCCAACAACUACCAGGGGGGCUUUGGAACUACGCUAAUGGCAAAGGAUCUCGGUUUGGCCCAAAACACCGCCACCAACACAAAGACCCCCAUCCCUCUGGGUUCCCUGGCCCACCAGAUCUACAGAGUCAUGUGCUCUCGAGGCUACGCUAACAAGGAUUUUUCCUCCAUCUUCCAGUUCCUCCGCGAGGAGGAAGGACAGUGAACGGAGGGGAAAGAACAUCCGAACGUACUGCUGUCAUCCGCAAAUACACAUCUGAACCACACACCCCAGUGUCCCUUAUCCCACAAUGCUCAGGAGAGACUAAGAUGUUGCCCUCAGGCCCAGAUUUGCAGCCUAAUUAACAUACUGUAUGUUGACACGUGUUCCCUCGUCGCGUUAGCUGAAUCAUAUUUUCUAUUCAUGAACCCCUCCCUAUUUGGAGGGGAAAAUGCUAAAACUGACCUUAGAUCAGUAACAAUGGAAAUGACAAAUCUCUUUCCAGAAAAACAAAGUGAGGCUCCUCAGGUUUACGUGUACCUUGAUGAAUAUUCUGUAGAAUUGUUCAAAUGUGAUAUAUUUUUGAAGAUAUGUCUGUUACCCUAUCUGUUAAAAAAAGGGAAAAGAUAAUUUAAUUUAAAAAUAGAUUCAAAAAUGUAAAUUUAUAUUUUUAUUGAAGCCCAUAUAUGUGUACCAUUACCAAAAUUUCACAUCAUUUUUUUCAUCUGCAUGUCCUUUGCAAGAGUGUUAUUAGACACUUGCAUCUCAGGGGACAUAAACUCAUUUUUUUUCUCAACAGUUAAUAACACUAAUGUUACAGUACGGCAUGUGGACCGUUUCCGCUCUUCUGAACUACAAUAGACGAAUCAAGUUACUUUUAUUUCAGCGUCCAUCGCAGUGCGAUAUGCUUUGCCACUUUAAUACUGUUACAGAAUCUGCUUUUGAUUCUACUAUUUACAUCUGCUUAUUGAGCCAUAUGAGUGUUUUUUUUGGUUUAAAUUUUGUAUGACUGCCACAAAAACAUUAGCAUUGCCUUUGAUGCUCUUUCUGUAUGCAUUCAGUGUUCUCCUUCCAGUGUUUGUAAAGCGUACGGAAGUGUUUUUCUGCUCUGAACUUUAACUGUACAUAAUUUAUAUUUCAUAAUAUUGUCUCGCAUUAAAGAAGAAUUCCAAGCGAC